UGUGUACCCUGGAGGGAUCAUGCCUGCUGUACAGCUGAUGUCACUGUUGAUCUUCAUGAAACAGAUUUGUACAACUUUACCUUGGAUCAUUGUUAUGAUCAGCUUCACGUGAAAAUGUCAAAAGAAUGUCGUCGACACUUCAAUCAAAAUAACUGCUUUUAUGAAUGUGAGCCUAACAUUGGUUUAUGGGUUGUCAAGACUACCAGACAGAUAGCAUCGGAAAGAUUUUAUAAAGUGCCUUUAUGUGCAAGUGAUUGUGAAACUUGGUUCAAUGCUUGUAAAGAUGAUUAUACUUGUGCCUAUAACUGGCCCAGAGAUUUCAAAUUUUCUAAAGGUCACAAUUCAUGCAGGAAAAAUUCUACUUGUCAGAAAUUUGAACAAGUUUACUUAUCAGCAAAGGAUUUCUGUGAAAAUGUGUGGGAUCACUCUUGGAAAUAUGUACCAGAUGCUGAGCCAUGCAUGAGAAUUUGGUUCAAUAGCUCUGUAGGAAAUCCUAAUAGAAAAGUUGCAGAAUAUUUCAUUUCAGAAAGAUUUCCUGGAGCAGGAACAAGGAAUAUUAUAAGCUUAUGGGUCUUAUUUGUAGGAAUAUUUUUAAAUUUUAGUAGAUAUUUAUGAAAUUUUAAUAAUCACAUUGUAGAUACUUUGCUUGUUGAAAAGCUGCAAAAUCUGCACCAGAUUUUGUGAAAAAGUACAAAUGAAAAUAUGAAAGCAAUCUAUGUUUUUAAAAUUCAAGUUUUCAAAUUUAUUGCAUCUACACCUUUAAAUAUUAUAAAAUUUUAUCAUGUACUAAUGUUUUAUGUUAAACUAAUAUAUUACAUUAUUAAUACAGAGUUCCCAGUCCUUAAACUCCUCGAUUUUUUUUCUUGCCAACAAAGGGCUUUGGAAAAGUACUUGAUUUUCCUGGUGGAUUCUUGAAAACUUUUUGAAAAUAAGUGGGAAUACUUGCCAACUCUGAUGUAUUGCGCAAAAAAUAUGUAUACACUUAGCUGUUUUUAAGUAUCAGUCCUGAAGUUUUUUGAAUUUCCACUGCAUCUGUCCCUAAAAUUUGCCCGUUGAUGUUUUAUACAUGAGUCUACUUUGUAUGCACUUAUUUUAUGUACUCUAAUUCGGUAGUAGAGGGCUUGCAUUUUGCCACACAUACUCAAGAAUUUUAAUCUAGAAUUUCUUAGGUAUUUCAUAAUUUUGUAAGUUUGAAAAUGGUUUAAAAAACUCAAGGCAUUUAGGAUGGGGAUAAAACAUUGAAAUUCAAGAUUUUUGAUAUUAAAAUAUACUGAACGUCGAAAAUGUAGAAAGUUGCUUAAAUUCAGAAUUUCUGUCAUUUUUAGAAUUUCUAAAAAUUUUGUGAUCAUAUUGACUGUUAAAUUUUUUAGUGCUAUCUUAAUUUUAUUCAAGCAAACUUGGAAUUGGAUGAUAAUGGCGUUGAUGUAAAUGUUUUAGCUAUAUCCAUUUUUGAAAGUAGGCAAGUCUGUGCACUCUAAUUAUGCAAUAGUGUGCUAAAAUAUGAACUGCUAUUUUCUAAAUUAGCAAGGAAAAAAAAUAGCUAAAAACACAGUACUUCAAAGCAUGAAAACUAAAUGUAGAUGAAAAUGAGUUCAUACAUCAAACGUUGGAUAUUUGACUUGAAAAUUCAUAGGUAUAGGAAAGAAAUGACAUUGUUUGUAUUUUUUCCUAAAUAUUUCUUAAGGAAGAUAAAUUAUAUUAUGGUUUUCUUGAAUAAGAGUGGAGACUCUAUAUUAUUAAUGUUAUUUGUUUUACAAAUGUAUUUAAUCAUUUUUAAUGUUACCCCAAAUUACUUUUAAAAAU